AGAACGAGGCUAGUGACUAGUGAAGCCCUCGAAAAUUUCGUACAGCAGCUGUCAGCAUGGGGGUACCAUCCCCUUCCUAAUUCUAUUUCUUUACGUCUUCUCCAUUUCUUGCCUCAAAAAAAACCAUUCUGUCCUUUUUCUUUUUUUGGCUUUUGUUAUAAUCACUCGAUAUGGCAGAAACCAGUGUUAGGGUUGAUCCUGAGAUUGAAGCUAACCAGGGGUCAUCCUCAGUCACGCCAAAUCAUCAUGAAAAUGGAAAAGAUCAUAAUAUUCAUCAUGCGGCCACGCCUGAUGUGCCCAAUACAGCAAUGAAACUUGAGAGGGUUGAGCAAGUUUAUGAGUCUGAUAAUAGGGAUAUUGCAGGGAAGCCUACGAAAGGAGAAGUCUGGGUCUGGUAUUUGUAUGAAUUAUGCUCCUAUUUCAUUCAUAAUACUCUUGUACCAGUUCUUUUCCCACUCAUCAUCAGCCAAGCUUUGAAGUUGCCACCUGAACCUGUUAGAGGUUGGGGAUGGAGCCGCAAGGGCUUCUCAUGUGGGCAAAAGGAAACCAAACUGUAUGAAGCUCUAACACACCAAUCAAUAAGCAUCAACUCCUCAAAAUUCUCUCCAUUACAGUGGACUUCCUUUUCUUGGGGAAUAGGCUUGAUUUUGGUUGCUCCUAUUAUUGGCUCCAUUUCACCCCACCUCGAUUAUGGCCGGAAACAAGUGCUAAUCACCGGAGCAACAAUCGCCAUUGGAGCUUUCUUUUGUCUACCUACUGGGUUCUUCAAUGUCACAUGGAUCUUCCCUCCAUAUAUUGCAGCCAUCGUUGCAGCUAGCAUUGUUGCAACAGCUUCUCAUACUCGCCAACUCGCCCUAAUGGUUAAAGGUUUCACUGGACCUAAUCUUCAGCAUAGCCAAUUUCAAACGCGUAGAGGGGUCUCUAGUUGGCUCUCACUUUAUGCUACUGCUGCUGGUGGCGUGGGGUCUGCCAUUAUAUCAUCCUUCAUCUAUCAUAUGCUUAAACACGGCGAACAAUUUGUCAGUCUUUGGGUCGUCUCAAUUUUCAGUGGUCUUAAAUGGCUUCUUGGUGUAUCCCAUGUUUUCUUUGUUAAACCUGGCUCUUCAUUCAAUACCUUUAAUAUAUCUACUACGGCCCAUUUUCUCUCCAUUUUCAAGUACCCGCAUGCUUUGGGAACCCUAGUUUUGGCUUUUCUUUCUUCAUUUACUACAAUGUGCAUUUUCACUGGUGCAGUGCUCUACCUUAUAGGGGAUUUAUGCUUUAAACCCUUGUUUAUACUCUAUAUUUGGUUAACUUAUUUCAUCUUUCCUAUUAUUUCAAUGCCACUAAUUCAUCCAUUACAGCAAGUCAUUAAGGCCAGUGCAGCGAAAAUGCAUUUGCUAGGGUUUUACUUGUCAAUAGCAACUGCAGCAGUAGGCUUCUAUUACAGGGGAAACGUCUGGCAUAGAGGACAUGUGGUAGUCUUAGCUGCACUACAAGGCACAUCAGUUGGGCUUUUGCAUGCUUUUGGAAGAGUUCUGCUCAUAGAUUGCUCACCUCAUGGGAGAGAAGGUGCAUUCUCUGCAUGGUUUUCAUGGUGGAGAGCUCUCGGGUCUUGUGUAGGCUUUGCAAUUGCUUCUGCAAUCCCUGGAAACGUUAGCACUUCUUUUGGUAUAUCAUUUGGUGCUGCCAUAUUUGGAACUCUUCUUUUGAGUUUUGGGAACAUUAGUGAUUUUAGAGGAGCCAUGGCUGCUGGGCUGGUGAAUAAAUAUGAGGAUGCUGAUGUUGAGGGCAUUUCAGAGGUACAUGGGUCGGAUAAUUCCUUUAAACAGGAAAAUCUGCGGGAGGAAUCACUAGCCUAGGGAAUACUGGACUCAAAACAGUACACAAAAAAUUGGUAUAUGAUACUAUCUCAUGGAUCCAAAUAUUUUUUUUUUUUCAUUCUAAGAAAAGAGAAAAAUUGCCACCUGUUGAAGUGUGUAUCCAAAUAAUUUUGCUGUAUAUUGUUCUUUAGACUUUGGUAAAUAAUUGAGGCCAAACUAUGUUAGAAACUAGGGGAAAGCUUGGGACUUUUUUGGCCCUCUACAUUCAUAUUGAUGGAACAUUUUGGGACUUUCAUUUCUAUGUUAUUCUUUUGAUUCUUCAAAUUGAUGGCCCAUCACUUUUAAAACGCUUCUUUUGGCAAAAUUAUAAUAUCUUCUCUUUUU